CGGGCACAUUCGAUUUUUGGCCCAAAAAUACUCGUACGCGUGAACCGGUGGACAUCGGUCACGCCAGUGAACGUUCAUACAUCACAGCUUCGCUACCAACCGCGACAACCCCGCCGCGGCGCGAGCAGACGCCGCACAAGCAACCCAGCUGUGUAGCUCCUCUCACAGCGACGCAGUCGACGCGCGAAAGCGAGAAGAUGUCAGCCCCACCACCGGGCCUCGCCCCGCCGGCGAAGCGCAGUAGGACGAACGAGGUCCAGUGCCCCUACCUCGACACGAUCAACCGGCACUUGCUGGACUUCGACUUUGAGAAGGUCUGCUCGCAGUCGCUGUCGACGCAGAACGUUUAUUCAUGUUUGGUAUGUGGCAAGUUCUUCCAGGGCCGGGGCCCGAAGACCCACGCGUACACGCACGCGACGUUAUGCGGCCACCACAUGUUUGCGCACCUCGAUACAUGUAAAAUCUACUGCCUGCCGGACAAUUAUGAGGUUGUCGAUUCUUCCUUAGAUGAUGUGAUACGGUGUCUACGACCUUCAUUUACGCCGGAACGCAUCGAACAACUCGACAAAGUCGCGACGCUAGCCAGAGACGUGCACGGCGUCGCCUAUCUACCGGGCUUCUGUGGGCUGAACAACCUCAAGAAGACGGACUACAUCAAUGUCGUCGUGCACCAGCUGGCGCACGUGCGGCCGCUGCGAGACUUUUUUCUGGACCCAAGAAACUACAAGGACCGGCCCUCGCCUCUCGUAAGGGAGUUCGGCGCGCUCCUGCGCAAGAUCUGGUCGCGGGACAAUUUUAAGAGCGUGGUGUCUCCCCACGAGCUCGUCCAAGAAGUUACGAGGGCCUCCAAACUCCGGUUCAAGAUCGGGACGUCCGCGGACGCGGCUGACUUCUUGGGCUGGCUCCUCAACCAGCUCCACCGCGAUUUGGGCGGCACGAAGCGACCGGGUUCGUCCAUAAUCCACGACGUCUUCCAAGGUUCUAUUCGCGUCGAAACGCUAUCGAGGAAGACGCACUUGACAAAACGCGACGACGCGGAUGUGGAUGCGACCGCCACCUCCGCCGAAAGUGCGGGAUGGAAGCGCGACGAAAAGGACCUCAACUUUUUAUAUCUCACGCUAGACGUGCCGCCGACACCGCUCUUCAAAGACACGCAGGGCGGCAACAUCGUGCCGCAGAUUCCUUUAUUUGAUGUAUUAACGAAGUACAACGGCGUGCGACUGACGGACACGGUCCGGGCAGGCGUGCAAUCUCGUAGACGAUAUGUGAUCACGAAACUCCCGAAGUUCCUCGUGUUUCACUUUGCGCGGUUUUCCAAAAAUAAUUUUACGGCCGAGAAGAACCCUACUAUUGUGCACAUUCCCGUCAAGGACUUGGAGCUGAAGGACCAGUUCGCGCUUGAGGGUAUUGCCUCUCAAGAAGCGACGAAGUAUGACUUACUCGCGAACGCGUGCCACGACCUGCCGGCUGGCCUUGAUAAAGACGGGCGGAAGGAACCCCUGCAGCACGGCACGUAUAGGGUCCAUGUGAAGCAGCAGUCGUCGGACCAGUGGUACGAGAUCCAGGAUCUUCAUGUUAGUGAGACGAUGCCGCAGCUGAUUGGAUUGAGUGAGUCGCUGCUGACGAUCUACCAGCGGCGGGACGCGUGAGUUGC